GCUUCUUUUCUCUCUUUUUUAAAUUCUUCCGCUGCUUGCGGGCGACAGGUUUCCGUGACCCGUUGGUUAAAUGUGGGAGGUUCACGCGCAGUUUCACCUCCUCCUCAUGCUUUUAGCCAACCUGGACACUUGAAAGACUCUCCUCAAAAGUGGAAAAGAAAAGAAAAAAUCAAUGAGUUUCAUCUUUAGUGGAGCACAAACACCUCAAAAAUUGUUUGCCGGACCCACCACGUGACUGCUUAAAAAACCCCAGAGUGCACUGCAGUUCUCCGCCUUGACCUUCGACCUUUCUUGCCCUUUAGCACACUUCCCUUUUUUUCCCCCCCGUUUUCUUUUUGAAAAAUUUGUUCCAAGUAUUCUCUUGUCAAUGGUCGCCGAGGACCCCCAUUCCAAACCGGCACAGUCUAGACGACAAUGGAAAGUGUGAGCGCGCAGGCCCCAACAGCAACCAGUUCCACCGCCAGCGGCAAAAGUUCGGAAGUCUUCUCCGAGUCCAGCGAGGGUCCCCCUCCGACCGAAAGCGACAGCAACCCCAACCCCAACGCCAGCGCCCGCCCCGCCCGCCAGUCCAAGCCCAAGCCCAGCAUGAGCUGCCGGCGCAAGCGCGAGUUCAUCUCCGACGAGAAGAAGGACGCCUCCUACUGGGAGAAGCGGCGCAAGAACAACGAGGCGGCCAAGCGCUCGCGGGAGAAGCGCCGGCUCAACGACAUGGUGCUGGAGAACCGCGUGAUGGCGCUCAACGACGAGAACGUGCGGCUGAAGACCGAGCUGCUGCAGCUGAAGCUGCGCUUCGGCCUGAUCAGCACCGCCGCCUACGUGGAGAAGAGCCAGCAGAUCGCCGCCGCCGCCGCCGCCGCCGCCGGCAACGGGGGCGGGGCCAACGGCGGCUCCGCCUCCUCCGGCCACUACUUCUCCAGCGGCUACUCCAGCGGCUCGCAGGCGCUGAUGAACUCGGACUCGUCGGAGGCCGAGCAGUCGGGCCUGGGGGAGGGCCACGCCCCGCUGGCCAAGUACUCCCCGCGCGGGUCCAUCUCCGACAUGUCGGACGGCUCGUCGCGCGACAGCCCAGAGCCGCUUGGCUACGAGAUCAAGUGCGAGCGGGCGGAGGGCAUGGACAUCGGCGGGCUGGACGUGGAGGUGGGAGGCGCCCAGGUGAUGUUCGGCGUCCACCGCGGGCUGGGCCCCGCCCCCCACCACCGCCACCACCACGGCGCGCCGGAGGUGAAGCCCGAGUACUGGCGGGGAGACGACGCCACCCUCGCCGCCAGCCCCGCCCCGCCCGCCGCCGCCACCGCCGCCCCUCAGCGGAGCGUGAUCCUGUACCGGUCCAGCAGCAGCUCCUGCCCCGCCCCGCAGGACCCCGACCAGCGCCCGGCACAGCCCCGCCUCCCGGCGGGGCCCCUGGCCGGGGACGGGCCAGUCGGCCCCGAGACCCUGGCGGAGGUGACCAAGCAGCUGGAGAGGAAGACGCUGGACUCGCCGCCCUAUCAGCCCGGCGGCCCCGCGGAAGAGCGAGGCUACGCCGCGGCGCGUUGCCACGACGACCGCAGGGCCGAGGUCGGCACCGGCGCGGCGCCGGACCUCCUCCACCACAGCUACGAGGAGGGCGGGGCCCGCCCGUACCGCGCCCACCUGUCCUACCUGGGCGCCCAGGACGAGGAGCCGCCGGUGCUGACCUACGAGGGCGGCCCCCAGGGGCCGGAGGGGGGCUACUACCAGGACCACUCCACCUCCGGCAAGGACACGUCCUCCAGCGACGGAGACCCCCGCAGCUCGGACAAGGACGCCUCCACGGACGACGAGUCCUCCCCGUCCUCCUCCUGCUCCGAGGUGGGCGGUUACCGCCAGCGGCGUCCCCAGUCCCCGCCUCCCGCCGCCCCGACGGGCCCCGCCCUCCCGGGCCAAACCAAGGAGGCCCCGGCGGAGGUCAAGGGUACGGCCCUGCCCCACAAACUGAGGCUCAAACACAGGGCGCUCAGCAGCGGGGGGGCCCAGUACGACGCGUCGCUGCCCCCGGCCGUCUCCCCCGUAGCCCCGCCCCUUCCCCAGCACCCCUACCUGGCGCUCACCCAGGUGGGACCGCAGCCGGGCGGCGGCUACAGGGACAGGGAGGACGGCCGCACCCCCGUGGGCUUCUGCAAGCUGGGGGAGGACGGCUGGAAAGACUGCGGGAAGAAGGAGGUGGCAGGAGGCCGGAACAGUCGGAACAAGAGGAGAGACUGAGAGAGAGGAGGAGGAGCCGCUGGACUGACUUCUUUGGGGUAGGAGGGGUACAAGUCUGUCCAGAAGGUCAAACUGACUAGUAAACCCCCCUUUCUUGCAUCUCUCCAGAUAUCCGGAGACCCCAGUGUCAGUCCGCCACUGAUUAUACCUCUGUCCCCUCCCCAAAACCUCAGACCCCAGAAACAGGACUUGAAUCCUCGGGAUUCCUGGGUGCGCUGUCUUAUACACAUUGUACAGAUCGUGAUGUUUUGGUUGCCUCCACCAAGAGUUACUCAACGGACUGUGGUUGAGGCCCGUGAACAAGAGGGCGAAGGGAACCUCCCCUUUUCAGUCUCUUUUCUACCGUUUUACUUUUUAUUUUUGUAAAAUAAGACUUCAAAAUGUAGACUUCAAGACUUACAAACGUAACGGUUGAACUCAUUACAGCAUUACAGCCGGUGGCUUUACAUUUAAAAAAAAAAAAAAAAAAGUCUGUUACUGAACUUCACGCUUGUAUUCCCUGUGAGGUAUCAACUCAUUUUAAGUACCACAGACAUGGUGUGCGGCCCCUUCUGGCUGUGGCUCAGGGGGUGGCCUGCACACAAGGCAUUCUGGGAACUUUUCACUUGACCAAAGAAACAACACUCUUACUCAAGAGUUCCACCUCUCUUCCUCGGACCUCUUUCCACCAAUCUUCCUUUUCAUUUUAUCAGUUCCCACCCCUCUAUUUUUCAAGCACUUGGUUUGUAUAUUACUGUGAUAUAUAAAUAUACAUAUUAUAUAUAAAUAUAUAUUUUAUGAUGAAAACAAAAAAAUCACAUGCAAAAAAAUAAAAAUAAAAAUAUAAAACAGGACAGGAAAAAACACUAAAUUGUUAAGGAGGGGAGUGGAUUAAGAAUGCUUUUCAGACCUGUCAAUGUCAAAAUGACUGUAUAGUCCUAUCUUGUCUACUAAUGGCACUUAAUUUAAGUUCUUUUUAUUUUGUGUAUGUGCUUUUUUUUUACACCGAUAUGAACCAUGGGUUGUAAAGCAAUUCGCUUGGCUUUUCUUAGUUCCCCAAACGUUUAUACGCCGACAGUCACAGGGUCAGAGAGCCAUACGUUGUUUGUGAACGGCACGGUCUGGUAAUAAGUCUUCUGACUUGGAUCCACUCAUAACAGCGUAGCGUUUUUGCGUUACCGAUAGUCGUUUGAUGUCGUUUGACACUUACCGUGACGGCCGUCUUGAAUUUCUCGCCCGCUUAAAUCCCACACCUAUCGUUCCUUCUGUUACACGAACAACUGCAGACAAAGAAAAGAACAAAACAUUAGAAAACCUGAAGCAUUAUGAAUGACAGAACAUAGCAUUAUAUAAUGACAACAAGACCAGGCCAUUCAGCCCAACAGUGAUCAUUACCAUUUUCCUGACUAAAUUACUGCUCUGAUUACCUACAGGCUAGAAGUAUUUAACACCGUACCAACCCUAGUCAAUCCCCAGAAUUUCUGCCUCUACUACGUGACCCGGCAGUCUGUUCCACACAUUGACUGCUCUCUGCGUGAAAAAAAAUCUUCCUAAUGUUAUCAGAAAUAAUAACAAUUUGGUAACGUCCACGGUUCACCUUGAAGCCAGCUCCUCGCUGUAGGACGGCCGUAGUUCGAGCUAGCUCGAGUUAGCUCAUAUAACCGUUUUUUUUUUCAGCGAGGAAAAAAAGCGGUUAAAACAGCCGAUCGAACUGGCCUACUUCCCACUUCCACAGCCCUCAUGCAGCGCGUGCCGCCACACCCGCAAACGAAUAAAAAAAACGGUUAACGAAAAAAACAAAUUUCAUACUUUUCAAAUGUGACUCCCUUCUAGGUCCUGCAGUACACAUACCACCUUUAGUCUGUCCGUAUCGAACAUCAGGUGAAAAUACUAAGCUAUGAACAGUAUGGUUUCUAAACACAAUGUAAAAUAUUUUCUAUUUCUGGUGUGCCUACCAUUCUUAGCACUUGUGUAUAAAUGUAAAGUUUUUUUGAUGUUUGUUUCUCUCUUGGACAAUGUUGUAAUGUUUUUUAUUUUAAUUUUAUUUUGUACUAAUUUUAUUGCGGCCUCCCCCCUCCAACUUUUAUUUUUAUUUUUAUUUUUAAAAGGGUAAACGUUGCCGUGUGUCCGUUUCCUUGAUUGUGAUAAACGCGUACGUGUCCCCCGCCCACCCCCCUUUCUCGCCUGUAUCCAUUGUGUACCCAGCAGUGAUGUGCGUUUUCUGUUUUUGCUGAUGAGUUUAAGAAAAAUAAUAAAAUAAAAGAAGACUUACAGGGUUAAAGUCCACUUUGCCUCAUGUGAAGGAGCUGGUGGCCUUGAUGCUGCAGCCCUCCCUUCCCCCCUUUCCCCACUCGACCUCUUUCACAAAUGCGUAUGUAAGUAAAGCCACUAAUGUUUGUCAUGGAAGAUGGGUGCAUAAAAAAUGGAAAGAAAAAAAAAAUAAAUAAAAUGUUGAAGUUCUCAAAAAUUA